AUGAACGUUUCCAGGAGACUGGACCCCAAGGACCCCCUGGGUAGCCAGAGAGCAGCUUCCCCAACCCCGAAGCAGGCUCCUGCUGCUGCUCCCAGCCAUGAGAGCCCCCGAGAGACAAGGGCACAGGGCCCAGCAGGCCAGGAGGCUGAUGGUCCCCGCAGGACGCUGCAGGUAGACAGCAGGACACAGAGAUCAGGGCGGUCCCCCUCUGUGUCACCGGACAGAGGCAGCACCCCCACAUCACCUUACUCCGUCCCCCAGAUCGCCCCCCUUCCCAGCAGCACGCUGUGUCCCAUAUGUAAGACCUCGGACCUCACGUCGACCCCCAGCCAGCCAAACUUCAACACCUGCACCCAGUGUCACAGCAAGGUCUGCAACCAGUGUGGGUUCAACCCCAACCCUCACCUCACCCAGGUGAAGGAGUGGCUCUGUCUGAACUGCCAGAUGCAGAGGGCUCUGGGGAUGGACAUGACCACGGCGCCUCGCUCCAAGAGCCAGCAGCAGCUGCACUCCCCAGCCCUGUCUCCGGCCCAUUCCCCAGCCAAACAGCCCCUGGGGAAGCCAGAGCAAGAGAGAUUGCGGGGCCCAGGGGGACCACAGCCUGGCCCUCGCCAGGCAGAGACAGCCAAGGCCACCUCAGUGCCGGCACCUGCCCAAGCAGCCGCCCCUCCAGAGGUGGGGAAGGUGUCUCCUCAACCCCCUCACCCCAUCAAGCCUUCCACGGCUGAGCCCAGGCCACCUGGAGGAGAGACCCUGGCCAAAAGUGCCACCACAGUGCCCUCUGGGCCUGGUGCUGCUGAGCAGACCCAGGAGGGCCUCACUGGGAAGCUCUUUGGUCUGGGUGCAUCGCUGCUGACCCAGGCGAGUACCCUCAUGUCUGUGCAGCCUGAGGCCGACACCCAGGGCCAGCCUGCCCCCAGCAAGGGGCCACCCAAGAUCGUCUUCAGUGAUGCCAGCAAGGAGGCUGGCCCAAGACCCCCAGGCUCAGGGCCCGGGCCGGGGCCAGCACCUGGAGCCAAAGCUGAGCCUGCAGCUAGAACAGGUCCUGUAUCAGGGCCUGGAGCCCAGGCAAGAACUGGGGGAACAAGCAGUCCAAAGCCUGGCAGAGCAGAACACCAGGCAGUGUCCAAGGCUGCUGCCAAGCCAAAGACCAUGCCGAAGGAAAAGGCCACCUGCCCACUGUGCCAAGCUGAGCUCAACGUGGGCAGCAAGGGCCCAGCCAACUAUAACACCUGCACCACCUGCAAGCUCCAGGUGUGCAACCUAUGUGGCUUCAACCCGACGCCCCAUCUGGUAGAGAAAACCGAGUGGCUCUGUCUGAACUGCCAAACUAAGCGACUACUGGAGGGCAGCCUGGGAGAGCCGACCCCCCUACCGAUACCCACCCCACAGCAGCCCCCCACAGGGGCCCCUCACCGUGUGGCUGGAACAACCCCUCUGAAGCAGAAAGGGCCACAGGGGCUGGGCCAGCCAUCAGGCCCUGUGCCUGCCAAGGCCAGUCCCCUGCCCAGCAAGGCCAGCCCCCAAGCAAAGCCCCUCAGGGCUUCUGAACCCAGCAGGGCCCCGAGCAGUGCCCAGGAGAAAAAGACAGGAGUCCCAACUAAAGCUGAGCCUGUGCCGAAACCACCUCCAGAGACUACCCUGCCCCAUGGGACUCCUAAAGCAAAGACCGGAGUGCGGAGAACUGAACCCACCACCCCUGUCGUCAAAGCUGUUCCAGAAGCCCCCAAGGGUGGGGAGGCAGAGGAGCUGGUGGGCAAGCCUUACUCUCAGGACCUGUCCCGGAGCCCACAGAGCCUCAGCGACACGGGCUAUUCUUCUGAUGGCGUCUCCAGCUCCCAAAGCGAGAUCACAGGUGUGGUGCAGCAGGAGGUGGAGAAGCUGGACAGUGCGGGGGUGACAGGGCCACGUCCACCCAGCCCCUCCCAGCUUCACAAGGUGGGCAGCAUGCGGCCUUCCCUGCAGGCCCAGGGCCCCGCCUCCAGCAGCGAGCGCAGCAAGCUGCCUAGCGGCAGUGGUGGGGAGCAGAAGCGGCGGCCGCACUCCCUGUCCCUCAUGCCCGAGGCCUUUGACUCCGACGAGGAGCUGGAGGAUAUCCUGGAGGAAGAGGGGGACACUCUGGAGUGGGGGCGCCAGGGGGAGCAGCGGGACACAGCUGAGUCCUCGGACGACUUGGGCAGCCGGCUGAGGCAUGACUAUGUGGAGGACAGCAGUGAGGGCGGCCUGUCCCCUCUUCCAUCGCAGCCCCCAGCACGGGCAGCGGAAAUGACCGAUGAGGAGUUCAUGCGACGGCAGAUCCUGGAGAUGAGCGCUGAGGAAGACAACCUGGAGGAGGAGGGUGCGGCCACCUCCAGGCACGGCCUGGCCAAACAUGGCACCCAGAGGGGCGGCCCCAGGCCCAGGCCCGAGUCCAGCCAAGAGCCAGAAGCACUGCCCAAGAGGCGCCUGCCCCACAAUGCCACCACGGGCUAUGAGGAGCUGCUCUCUGAGGAAGGCCCAGAAGAGGCCAUCGAUGGCACCGGGGCCCUGCAGGGAGGCCUCCGCCGUUUCAAGACCAUUGAGCUCAAUAGCACAGGCAGCUAUGGCCACGAGCUGGACCUGGGCCAAGGCCCAGACCCUGGCCUGGACCGUGAGCCCGAGCUGGAGAUGGAGAGCCUGACAGGCUCCCCUGAGGACCGCUCCCGUGGGGAGCACUCCUCCACGCUGCCGGCCUCCACGCCCAGCUACACGUCGGGCACCUCUCCCACCUCCCUGUCUUCAUUAGAGGAGGACAGUGACAGCAGCCCCAGCCGCAGGCAGCGGCUAGAGGAAGCCAAACAGCAGCGCAAGGCCAGGCACCGCUCACACGGGCCCCUGCUGCCCACCAUCGAGGACUCCUCAGAGGAGGAGGAGCUGCGGGAGGAGGAGGAGUUGCUGCGUGAGCAGGAGAAGAUGCGGGAGGUGGAGCAGCAGCGCAUCCGCAGCACAGUCCGCAAGACCCGGCGUGACAAGGAGGAACUGCGGGCCCAGCGGAGGCGCGAGCGCUCCAAGACACCCCCCAGCAACCUGUCGCCCAUCGAGGACGCCUCUCCCACGGAGGAGCUGCGGCAGGCAGCCGAGAUGGAGGAGCUCCACCGCUCCUCCUGCUCUGAAUACUCGCCCUCGCCUUCCCUGGACUCGGAGGCCGAGGCCCUGGAUGGCGGCCCCACCCGGCUCUAUAAGUCGGGCAGUGAGUAUAGCCUGCCCACGUUCAUGUCACUCUACUCGCCAACUGAGCCACCCUUGGGCAGCUCCAGCACUCCCAGCUCUGGCCGGCCCCUCAAGAGCGCCGAGGAGGCCUACGAGGAGAUGAUGCGGAAGGCCGAGCUGCUCCAGCUGCAGCAGGGCCAGGCGGCUGGGGGCAGGGCACCCCGUGGCUUCCCUUCUCAGCCCGUAGGCCCCCGGGCCCAGGGUGCCUUUGAGUUCCAGGACACCGCUGACAAUGGCUAUGGCCGGGCUGCUCCACCUCCCUCGGAGGGCACUGCCUCCAGCCUGGGAUCAGCUGUCUACGAGGAGAUCCUUCAGACGUCGCAGAGCAUCGCCCGCAUGCGGCAGGCCUCCUCGCAAGACCUGGCCUUUGCCGAGGACAAGAAGGAGAAGCAGUUUCUGAAUGCCGAGAGUGCGUACAUGGACCCAAUGAAGCAGAAUGGGGGUCCACUUACCCCCGGCACCAGCCCCACCCAGCUCGCUGCCCCUGUGCCCUUUUCCACCUCCGCCACCUCAGACAGCAGUGGGGGCCGCGUCAUUCCUGACGUCCGAGUUACUCAGCAUUUUGCAAAGGAGCCUCAGGACCCCCUCAAGCUGCACAGCUCUCCUGCCUCCCCCAGCUCUGCCUCCAAGGAGGUCGGCACAUCCUUUCCCCAGGGCCCUGGGACCUCAGCCACCGCAACUGUGGCUCCUGGUCCUGCUGGCCUGCCUCGAGGGUAUGUGACUCCGACAUCCCCAGCUGGCUCUGAGCGCAGCCCUUCACCAUCUUCCACAGCCCACAGCUAUGGAGAGAGCCCGGCCACUGCAAGCUACGGAUCCCAAACUGAGGAGCUGCCCCAGGCCUCCAGCAGCCUUGCUGCCAGUGGACGGGCCGCCAGAGAGAAGCCCCUGCGUGUCGGUGAUGGCAAGAGCGGCGCUGCCCAGCCCUCCCAGGGAUAUUCCUACUUCGCGGGCCCUAGCCCGCCUCUCUCCCCAUCUUCUCCCUCAGAGAGCCCCACGUUCUCCCCUGGCAAGCUGGGCGCAAGGGCCACAGCAGAGUUCUCUACACAGACGCCAAGCCCGACCCCUGCCUCGGACAUGCCACGGAGCCCUGGUGCCCCCACCUCGUCCCCAAUGGUGGCUCAGGGCACACAAACGCCACAUCGACCCAGCACGCCUCGCCUGGUAUGGCAGCAAUCCUCUCAGGAGGGCCCCUUUAUGGUCAUCACUCUGGCGUCAGAUGCCUCCAGCCAGACCAGGAUGGUACAUGCCAGUGCCUCCACCUCCCCAGUGUGUUCCCCCACUGACACCCAGCCCACCACCCACGGCUACAGCCAGACACCUCUGAGUGUGUCUCAGCUUCCCUUGGAGUCUCCUGGGCCACCUGGCUUCCCGCGGGCAGCCAGUGCUGGUGCGGAUGGGCCCCUGGCACUGUAUGGCUGGGGUGCCCUCCCUGCUGAGAACAUCUCCCUGUGCCGGAUCUCCUCCGUUCCUGGAACAUCCAGGGUUGAGCCAGGUCCCAGGCCCCCUGGAAGUGCCGUAGUUGACCUCCGCACUGCCGUUAAGCCCACCCCCAUCAUCCUCACUGACCAGGGCAUGGACCUGACCUCUCUUGCUGUGGAGGCAAGGAAGUAUGGCCUUGCCCUGGAUCCAGUCCCAGGCCGGCAGUCGACAGCUGUACAGCCUUUGGUUAUCAACCUCAACACCCAGGAGCAGACCCAUGCCUUCCUCAGCACCGCCACGACCGUGAGCAUCACCGUGGCCUCAUCUGUGCUCAUGGCUCAGCAGAAGCAGCCUGUGGUCUACGGAGACCCCUUCCAGAGCCGGCUUGACUUUGGCCAGGGUACAGGUAGCCCCGUGUGCCUGGCCCAGGUCAAGCAGGUAGAGCAGGCUGUCCAGACAGCCCCGUACCGAGGUGGACCCCGGGGAAGACCCAGGGAGGCCAAGUUUGCCAGGUAUAACCUGCCUAACCAGGUAGCACCUCUGGCCAGAAGAGAUGUUUUGAUCACUCAGAUGGGCACUGCCCAGAGUGUUGGCCUUAAGUCAGGCCCUGUGCCAGAGCCUGGUGCUGAAGCCCACCGGGCCACCCCUGCAGAGCUGCGGUCUCAUGCUCUACCGGGUGCCAGGAAGGCACACACAGUGCUGGUGCAGAUGGGCGAAGGCACAGCAGGCACUGUGACCACACUGCUCCCAGAGGAGCCAGUGGGCGCCAUGGACCUCACGGGGAUGAGGCCUGAGAGCCAGCUGGCAUGCUGUGACAUGGUCUACAAGUUCCCCUUUGGCAGUAGCUGUACAGGCACUUUCCACCCUGCUCCCAGUGCACCCGAGAAGAGUGUGGCAGAUGGUGCCCCACAUGGCCAAAGCAGCGGCCCCUUCUACAAUCCUCGGGAUCCUGAGCCUCCUGAGCCCCCCACCUACCGGGCACAGGGGGUAGUGGGGCUUGGGCCCCGUGAGGAGCAGAGGCCCUACCCACAGGGCCUCCCUGGCAGGCUAUACUCCUCCAUGUCUGACACCAAUUUGGCUGAAGCCGGCUUCAACUACCAUGCCCACAGGAUGGGUCAGCUUUUCCAGGGCUCUGGACGAGACUCGGCUGUGGACCUCAGCUCACUGAAGCAGUCCUAUAGCCUGGGCUUUGCAGAUGGACGCUACCUGGGGCAGGGCUUGCAGUAUGGCUCGUUCACGGACCUGCGUCAUUCCACAGAUCUUUUGACUCACCCACUUCCCAUGCGGCGCUACAGCUCAGUGUCAAACAUCUACUCGGACCACAGGUAUGGCCCUCGGGGAGAAGCAGCUGGCUUCCAGGAGGCCAGCCUGGCCCAGUACAGUGCCACCACAGCCCGCGAAAUUAGCCGUAUGUGCGCGGCCCUCGACUCCAUGGACCAGUAUGGAGGGCGGCAUGGCAGUGGUGCUGGUGGCCCUGACCUCAUGCAGUAUCAGUCCCAGCCCCGGCCUGGGAUCAGUGCCCCGCAGGGUCUGGGUCCACUCAGAGCUGGCCUCCUUGGGAAUCCCACCUUCCCGGAGGGCCACCCAAAUCCUGGGACCCUGACCCAGUACAGGCCUGCAGCAGCCCAGGGAACAGCAGUCAGACAGCUGCUGCCAUCCACAGCCACUGUGCGCGCCCCUGAUGGCAUGAUCUACUCGACUAUCAACACCCCGAUUGCUGCAACACUGCCCAUCACCACCCAGCCUGGCUCAGUACUGCGGCCCAUGGUGCGUGGAGGCAUGUACAGGCCUUACGCAUCUGGUGGGGUCACAGCUGUGCCGCUCACCAGCUUAACACGCAUGCCCAUGAUUGCCCCCCGGGUACCUCUUGGGCCCACAGGGCUGUACCGAUAUCCUGCACUAAGUAGAUUCCCCACUGCUUCCAGCGUGCCACCUGCCGAGGGUCCUCUCUACCUGGGGAAGCCUGCUGCUGCUAAGGCGCCAGGGGCUGGGGGCCCACCAAGGCCAGAGCCACCAGCAGGGGCCCCUCGGGAAGAGCCUCUUUCCACAGCCACCCCUGCUGCUGCUGCUAAGGAGGCUGUAGCAGCCCCAGCCCCAGCCCCCCUGGCUGGCCAGAAACCACCAGUAGAUGCUGCUCCUGCAGGCGGCACUGGGGCCCCCAGCAGGCCAGGGCUUGAGAAGGAGGAGGCAUCGCAGGAGGAGAGGCAGAGGAAGCAGCAGGAGCAGAUGCUGCAGCUUGAGCGGGAGCGUGUGGAGCUGGAGAAGCUGCGGCAGCUGCGGCUGCAGGAGGAGCUCGAGCGGGAGCGUGUGGAGCUGCAGAGGCACCGGGAGGAGGAGCAGCUGCUAGUGCAGCGGGAGCUGCAGGAACUGCAGACCAUCAAACACCAUGUGCUGCAGCAGCAGCAGGAGGAACGGCAGGCUCAGUUUGCCCUGCAGCGGGAGCAGCUGGCACAGCAACGUCUGCAGCUGGAGCAGAUCCAGCAGCUGCAACAGCAGCUGCAACAGCAGCUAGAGGAACAAAAGCAGAGGCAGAAGCCCCCCUUCCCUGUGGUCUGUGAUGGACCUGGCCGAGGGCCUCCUUCAGCGGCCACUGAGCUGGCUCAGAAUGGCCAGUACUGGCCGCCCCUGACCCAUGCAGCCUUCAUUGCCGUGGCAGGGCCUGAGGGGCUGGGGCAGCCUCGGGAGCCCGUGCUGCACCGCGGUCUCCCCAGCUCUGCCUCGGACAUGUCGCUGCAGACAGAGGAGCAGUGGGAGGCAGGCCGCAGUGGCCUCAAGAAGCGGCACUCAAUGCCACGCCUGCGGGACACCUUCGAGGCAGAGUCGGGGCCUGAGCCCUGCAUGGUCAGGAGGAUUGCCGAUAGCAGCGUGCAGACUGAUGACGAGGACGGGGAGGGCCGGUACUUCCUGAGCCGGCGGCGCAGGGUCCGGCGGAGUGCUGACUGCAGCGUGCAGACUGACGACGAGGACAACACCGAGUGGGAGCAGCCAGUGCGCCGCCGAAGGUCCCGUCUUUCCCGCCACUCGGACUCUGGCUCGGACAGCAAGCAUGAUGCUGCUGCCUCGUCCACUGCCAGCACUGCUGCGAGAGCCACGAGCAGCGUGGGCAUUCAGACCAUCAGCGACUGCUCCGUGCAGACGGAGCCUGACCAGCUGCCCAGGGUCUCUCCAGCCAUCCACAUCACAGCUGCCACUGACCCCAAGGUGGAGAUCGUCAGGUACAUAUCGGCUCCAGAAAAGACUGGACGUGGGGAGAGCCUGGCCUGCCAGACGGAGCCGGAUGGGCAAGCCCAGGGUGGGGCUGGGCCACAGCUUGUAGGGCCAGCUGCCAUCAGCCCCUACCUGCCUGGCAUCCAGAUUGUCACCCCAGGGCCCCUGGGCAGAUUUGAAAAAAAGAAGCCGGAUCCCCUGGAGAUUGGCUACCAGGCCCACCUGCCCCCGGACUCCCUUUCACAGCUUGUGAGCCGCCAGCCUCCCAAGUCCCCUCAGGUCCUCUACUCACCAGUCUCACCCCUGUCCCCACACCGGCUCCUGGACGCCUCCUUUGCUUCCAGUGAGAGGCUGAACAAGGCUCAUGUGAGUCCCCAGAAGCACUUCGCGGCUGACAGCGCUCUCCGCCAACAAACGCUGCCUCGCCCCAUGAAGACCCUGCAGCGGUCCUUGUCUGACCCUAAGCCCCUCAGCCCCACCGCCGAGGAGUCUGCCAAAGAGAGGUUCUCCCUCUACCAGCACCAGGGGGGACUGGGUAGCCAGGUGUCGGCGCUGCCACCCAACGGCCUGGUCCGCAAGGUGAAGCGGACACUUCCCAGCCCUCCUCCAGAGGAGGCUCAUCUGCCCCUGGCUGGCCAGGCCCCCCCACAGCUGUAUGCAGCCAGCCUGCUGCAGCGUGGGCUGGCGGGGCCCACCGCUGUCCCUGCCACCAAGGCCAGUCUGCUCCGGGAGCUGGACCGGGACCUGAGGCUGGUGGAGCAUGAGUCCACCAAACUGCGCAAGAAGCAGGCAGAGCUGGACGAGGAGGAGAAGGAGAUCGACGCCAGGCUCAAGUACCUGGAGCUGGGCAUCACGCAGCGCAAAGAGUCGCUAGCCAAAGACCGGGGUGGCCGUGACUACCCGCCCGCGCGUGGUCUCGGUGAGCAUCGUGACUACCUGUCGGACAGUGAGCUCAAUCAGCUGCGGCUCCAGGGCUGUGCCACUCCUGGCCAGUAUGCAGACUUCCCAGUCACCGCUGCUGCUCCCGCCACCCCCUCUGGCCCCGCUGCCUUCCAGCAGCCCAGGUUCCCACCUCCGGCCCCGCAGUACACUGCAGGCAGUGGUGGGCCAGCUCCGAACGGAUUCCCAGCCCACCAAGCACCUACCUACCCUGGCCCUAGCACGUACCCAGUACCUGCCUUUCCUCCUGGCACCAGUUAUCCUGCUGAGGCUGGUUUGCCAAGCCAGCAGGCUUUCCGUCCCUCAGGCCAUUAUGCAGCCCAAACACCCAUGCCAACCACACAGAGCACCCUUUUUCCAGUCCCGGCUGACAGCCGUGCCCCCCAUCAGAAGCCACGGCAGACAUCACUAGCUGACUUGGAGCAGAAGGUGCCCACCAACUAUGAAGUGGUCCCCAGCCCUGUCGCGGCCAUGUCUUCAGCCCUGUCUGAAACCAGCUACAGUGGCCCAGCGGUAAGCAGCAGCUAUGAGCAAAGCAAGUCCACAGAGCUGCCCCGGGCCGGUGACCGCAGCAGCGUGAGCCCAGCCCACACCUACCCCUCUGACUCACACUAUGCCAGCUUGGAGCAGAACGUCCCUCGAAACUAUGUGAUGAUCGAUGACAUCAGUGAGCUGACCAAGGACAGUACCUCCACUGUCCCUGAUAGCCAGCGACUGGAGCCCCUGGGGCCAAGCAGCAGUGGACGUCCAGGGAAAGAAGCGGGAGAGCCAGGUGUCCUGGAGGGGCCCACACUGCCCUGCUGCUAUGGCCGAGGGGAGGAAGAAUCUGAGGAAGACUCUUACGACCCCCGUGGGAAGAGCGGCCAUCACCGGAGCAUGGAAAGCGACGGCCGACCAGGCAGCACCCACUACUACGGUGAGAGCGACUACCGCCAUGGGGCUCGAGCAGAGAAGUACGGUCCAGGCCCCGUGGGGCCCAAGCAUCCCUCCAAGAGCCUGGCCCCAGCAGCCAUCUCCUCGAAACGCAGCAAACACCGGAAGCAGGGCAUGGAGCAGAAGAUCUCCAAGUUCUCGCCUAUUGAGGAAGCCAAGGACGUGGAGUCAGACCUGGCCUCCUACCCUCCCCCUGCGGUCAGCAGCGGCCUGGCUGCCCGGGGCAGGAAGUUCCAGGACGAAAUCACCUACGGGCUCAAGAAGAACGUGUAUGAGCAGCAGAGGUACUACGGGGCAUCCAGCCGGGACCCAGUGGAGGAGGAGGACCGCACAUACGGCGGGAGCAGCCGGUCCCGGGUGGCAGCUGCGUACAGUGGGGAGAAGCUGUCCAGCCACGACUACAGUGGCCGGGGCAGGGGAUACGAGCGGGAGCGGGAGGCUGCGGAGCGACUUCAAAAAGUGGGCCCCAAGCCCUCAUCCCUGAGCAUGGCCCACAGCCGGGCCCGGCCGCCCAUGCGGAGCCAGGCCUCGGAAGAGGAGAGCCCUGUUAGCCCCUUGGGACGGCCGCGCCCUGCCGGCGGCACCCUCCCUCCUGGAGACACCUGCCCACAGUUCUGCUCCAGCCACUCCAUGCCUGACGUCCAAGAGCACAUCAAGGACGGCCCACGGGCUCACACAUAUAAGCGUGAGGAAGGCUACAUCCUGGAUGAUUCCCACUGCGUGGUCUCCGACAGCGAAGCAUAUCACCUGGGCCAGGAGGAGACAGACUGGUUCGAUAAGCCCCGGGAUGCCCGCUCGGACCGGUUCAGGCACCACGGGGGCCACGCCGUCUCCUCCUCCUCCCAGAAGCGAGGCCCUGCAAGGCACAGCUACCAUGACUACGAUGAGCCCCCCGAAGAGGGCCUGUGGCCGCAUGAUGAGGGUGGCCCAGGACGCCACUCCUCAGCUAAAGAACACCGACACCACAGUGACCACGGGCGGCACUCAGGCCGCCACGCUGGCGAGGAGCCGGGCCGGCGUCCUGCAAAACCACAUGCUCGGGACCUGGGUCGCCAUGAGGCUCGGCCUCACCCUCAGCCCAGCCCUGCUCCAGCCAUGCAGAAGAAGGGUCAGCCUGGGUAUCCCAGCCCUGCUGAAUAUUCACAGUCACCCCGUGUCCCAUCAGCAUACCACCAUGCCUCUGACAGCAAGAAGGGCUCCCGGCAGGCCCACUCAGGGCCCAUGGCACUGCAGCCAAAGCCAGAACCCCAGCCGCAGCCACAGCCGCAGGGUCGGCAGGCACCUCUAGGGCCACAGCAGUCACAGCCGGCACCAUCCAGGCAGACACCCUCAGCGCCAGCAUCGCGCCAGCCGCAGACUCAGCAGCAGCAGCAGCAGCAGCAGCAAGGUCCCGGGCUACAGCCCCCCCAGCAAACCCCAUCACAGGCUCGGCUUCAGCAGCAGCAGGGCCAGCCAACUGUCCGGGGCCCAGCCCCUGCUGCCAGCCAGCCAGCAGGGAAGCCUCAGCCAGGCCCUGCGACAGCCACAGGCCCCCAGCCAGCAGGACCGCCACGGGUAGAGCAGACAAAUGGCUCUAAAGGGGCAGCCAAAGCGCCUCAGCAGGGGAGGCCUCCUCAGGCUCAGCCACCAUCAGGACCUGGACCUGCAGGCAUGAAAGCUGGAGCCAGGCCUGGAGGGACCCCAGGGGCUCCCCCUGGCCAGCCGGGUGUCGAAGGGGAGAGUGUGUUCUCCAAGAUCCUCCCUGGAGGGGCAGCGGAGCAGGCAGGCAAGCUGACAGAAGCUGUCUCUGCUUUUGGCAAGAAAUUCUCCUCAUUCUGGUGACCAUGCCCUGAAGGGCUCUCAAGAGAUGAAGGGAGAUGAUAUCAUUGCUGUGGAAAAAUCUCUGGAGUCAGAGGCCUGGGCGCAGCUCUGGACUCUGCGUAUAACAGAGCGCUUCUAGCUGACCUCUGCACGAGCUAGUGAGGACCUGCUGGGAUUGUUGCCUGAACAUGCCAGGCUGCGGGCAGGCAGAACGAGGCCCCGUGCACCCUGCACGUUUCUCUGACCGAGAUGGCAGGUGAAAGGUGCCUCUGAAGAGGACACGCUGGUGAGGCCUGCACAGGAUGUGUGUGCGUGAACAUUCAGAAGGUUUCCAUCUGUAAAUCGCUCCCCUCUAACCUGAACCUUGAGCAGAGGCACCUGGCCACCCGUACGCAGCAGUGCACUGCUCAAGAGCAGAGCUGGGCUGCAUCUGUGGCCAGAUAGACAGGCUGAGGGCAGGGUCUUGCUGUGUCCUAGGGACCCUAGCUCCUGACCACCUGCUCCAUGCCUCUUCUCUGUGACUGGAAGGCUCAAAGGUCUGUGAGCCAGGAGAUGGCUCCAGGGGGGCAAAAGGGUGCUCAGGAAGAGCUAAAUAUCUGACACUUGUGGCAAGGACAGCUGAAAAUGUCAUCUGGA